UCUGUUCGAAAUUUUUAUUUUUUUUGCCAAGCAAGGAAUUCCACAUUCAAUUGAAGAACUUGAAAAGAAAAGCAAAAUAAAAGGAUAUAUAUUUUCUACACAUCGCUUAAAUGUUUUUUUGUGCUCCGUGCAGUUGAGAUGCUGUUUAUAAGUUUUUGAUGUUUUGUUAUUCCUACUCCCUCAAUGUACCCAUUACAUUACCACUCGACGCUUGGAGGUGUCAUUGCUAUAUAAAUUUAUCUAUUUCUUAUUUAUAAAUCUAUAAUAUGUAUUGAUAUAGUAUGUAGUAAAUUUUUGUGUAUAUGUUUAAGUGUCACACGAAUAUAGAAUUUAGCAACACAUAUACGUUAUGAUCAUUGUUCCUAUAUGGUACAUUAUUUCAAUCGUUCCGUUAUCAGCAAACUUGGCGCAGUGUUUCAGUGUUAUCUAAAAUUACCAAAAGUGGUAAUAGACAAUACAAUCACAGGUAUAUGCUGAGCAAAUUAUUUCUUGAAUGGCGUAACAUUGUAUGAAUGAAGCACGAUUCUGACAAGGUCGACUGGCAUCUGAGGGCAAAGAAAAUAGAAUUGAAGUUACUCGUAUUGCUUUUGGAAUCCAACCGAUAAGAAGCUAAAAAUAAAAUGAGAUACUGCCGACUAGAGAUACUACUGAAAUUUUUUGGAAGUGCUUAUUAUUAUUAUUUCUUAUUGAUGAGUAAAAACGUAUUGCAAGACUGAAAUACUGAAAUCCAAGUACGAAGUUCAUUCAAAUAGUCUGGCAAUACGUUGUACAUUGCAAAAUAGUUUUACGAGUUUUCGUAUUCUAUUCAGCUUUAAUCUAUCGGACGAAACAUUUGCAUUUAUUGUCUGGCUCGAUUAUAUUACACUAAAAUUUGAGCUAUCUCGGGGGCUAAGUAUAACAUUCCGUUUCGAAUACUAUUUCAAACACAAUCAGUACUUUAAAACUUUGCAUUUUCUUGAAGAUAGCGACAGAGAUGUGAAUAUAAGGAUUGUACCGAAAAGAAACUGCAUACAAUGUUUUAUUUGUAACGUAACGGAUUUUAUUAAUUUUUGCUUCUAACUUUUUUUAAUAACAAAUAGAAGAGUUUUUAUCCAAUUUGAAUUAAAACUAGUAAGUAAAAAAAAUUAUUCACUCGACUUGCCUUAAGCCAGUGUUUUUUUUAAUUCGUCGACGUUUUCGGCAACUCGAUGAUCUUUGUCCAAGUUUCGUUUGACAAUUGCCCAAUACUUCUCUAUCGGGCGAAAUUCUGGAGCGUUUGAAGGGUUCUCCUCUUUUUUAACCAAAUUGACAUUGUUAUCCUUCAACAAAGCCAAAGUGGAACGAGCGUAGUGCACAGUAGCUAAAUCGGGCCAAAAUAAUGUUGACACAAUGGGUUUUGUUAUAAAAUCGUAUUAGGCAACAGUUUAGACACUAAUUCUUAUAAUUGUCGGCCGAUAUAGUACCCUUUGUGAAAAAUGGAGUGGUCUUAAGGCUGCAAGAGCAAAUAUCCUGACGGAUGAGUAUUUUCUCGCCAAAUUUUUCUAUUUGAACUGUUGAGACCGACUGGUCGACAGUACCAUCUUGUGGUUUUGUAUAGAAUUGGGGACCUACAUUACGUUCUUGAGUCCAUUUUUACCAUUAUAACACACUCAACAGAAUCUUUUAGCAAACAUCCGUACAACUUCCGUAGCCUUGUUUUCCCUAUUGUUAUUUGACGUUGACUUUUUUGGGAAUCUUUUGUUUUUUAUAAGUUUUUAAAUUAUUUCUUUGCUUCUUUCUUUGAAUCAUAGUAGCACUGGAUUUAGCUUUUUUUGUUUGGGUUUAUUAAGGCCAACACCUUUGCUUCAAGAUUUGGAUCACUAGGGCCCACCUUUUUAUAUAUAUUUAAGAGAACAGGUCUCAUUGAACUUAAUUAUAAUAUUUUUUACACCAUUUACACUGACUUUAAACCGUUUUGCUAGCUUUCUGUAUGAAAUAUUUUUUUCAGUGCAGUAAUUGUGCACAAUUUGCCUAGGCACGUGCUCUGUGAUUCGAGCCAUCGCGAUGAUAUUACAAAUUACGGAGAAAGAAAAAACAAUAGAAGCAGGACCGAUCGCGGUUUCUAACGGGAUCAAACGGCUACUUCAUGAGAAAAUUGAAUUGAAAGCAUGCAUUUUCUUUUCGGUACAGUCCUUACUUAGAUGUGCACUUCUUUAAAUAGACGCUGCUGAUUAAAAAGUUUUGAAAAUGCAAGUACAUAUGUGCGAUCACAGAUGUUCAUGUAAAACAAUAAAAUAUUUUUAUCAUGCGGAAAAUAACAAGCCAAGCAACUACAUAACAAUUUAGUUAAUGGCUUCGACAAUGAUCGCACCGAAAACACUUGGCAACGAUUUUAGUUCCAUUUGAACUGCAUAACAAAAAUGUCAGAGCAGAGAGGGAACAUAGCACAGAUAGAACAAAAGAAAUGUCUACGUUUUUACCGUCGUCUCGCCUUUGUGACUAUAGAAAUUGCAUUAAUAGCGGCAUUUUUGAGUUAUAGACACAAUAUCACUAGUUUGGAGCAAGUAAGUUGGUUACACGAAGAAAAAGUAUUCGCAGAAAAUGCCACGCAAAAUAAUACAGACUUAGCGGAGCUGUUAUAUAAAGAAGUACGUAUACUUUGCUGGAUUAUGACCACGCCGAAGAAUCACAGAACCAGGGCAAUACAUAUAAAGCGUACAUGGGGAAAACAUUGCAACCGGCUUUUGUUCGUCACCUCGGAAGAUGACGAAGAGUUGGGCGAGACUGUAGUUAUUAGCGAAGUGGAAGAUAAAUACGAGGUCUUAUGGCCCAAAAUGAGAAUAGCAUUCGAGCGAAUUUACGAAAAGUAUGCUAAUGAGACAGAUUGGUUCUUCAAGGCUGAUGAUGAUGCUUACGCCUACAUUGAAAACAUGCGCUAUUUUCUAUAUGCAUAUAGUCCGGAUAUGCCGAUUUACUUUGGAUAUAACUUAUUAUAUGGCGGACGAAAAGAUGAGGUCUAUAUGUCUGGUGGUAGUGGCUUUGUUUCAAGUCGGGAAGCAGUGCGACUUUUCGUCGAAUCGGCCAUUGUUAAUAAAAGUGGUUGUGAUAUUAAUAAUCACUAUAAUCCUGAUGAUGUGGCUAUAGGUGAAUGCUUUCGUGCUGUGGAUGUGAUCGCUGGUGAUUCGCGCGAUGUGCAUGGCGAAGCACGCUUUUAUUUAUUCGCGCCGUUUAUGGUACUUAUGCCUGAGUUGAUAAAUGAACCAAAUUGGUAUUUCAAUUAUAGCUUCUAUAAUCCACGUUCGUGCAGAGAUUGUCUUGCAAAAUAUCCAAUGGCCUUUCAUUAUAUUUCUCCAGCAGACAUGUAUCUUUCUGAAUUUUUUAGCUACGAAUUUUGGACGAUAGACUUGCCGAAUGAACCGGAGGAGGUUUUACCUAAGAAACUAAAUUGGGACGAAGUAGUCGUGUUGGAAACUGAUAAUAUUUGGAAUACUCCAUAAUAUAUGAGUAAAGGGCGCUUAAGGUGCAAAUUGAAAUAAAUAUAAUAAUAGUAAGAAUCAGAAAAAAGAGUGUUUAAACUGGGGGCAGCUCACAGUUGGAUGCAUUUAAUAUAAAUAUUUUGAGUUCAA